AUGGUCCACUUUCCCAAAAAUCUUCCAACGCUCAUUAUUCACUCCAAGGGAGAUCAGAUGUGUGACAUCAAGGGGCCAAGAAGAAUGGUUGACAAGUACUUUAAGAACAACAAGAACGUAACAUUUGUAGAACUAGAGGGAUCAUGUCAUUAUCUGACCUCCCCUCAAUCCCUUCUUGCCAGCGUUCCACAGAUCCACAAGUGGCUGGAUGGUCGACGCAAACGUAGUCGUUCCCACGAGGGACUAAUGCAGUAA